UAGCACUCAAACUUCCCAUCCUGUGCAAUAUCAGCUUCUGGUUAGCCGCAAUGUGGCCAUUUCUCGUAAUUCUGGCAUUUCUUGCCUCAGCCACUCAUGGUGCCAACUUAAAUAGAGACAUCUUAGAUGGAGACUAUCGUAUUAUCGGUGGGCAACCCUUCAAUGGAACAAACUUUGUUGGCUACAGCAUUUCACUGCGAAUCGUUAAAUUCAACUACCACGUUUGCGGUGGAGCCCUCAUAGCGUCACACUGGGCGCUCACAGCUGCUCACUGUGGGUCAGCAACAAUGCUGGGACCCCUGCAGAUUGUGGUUGGUGUUCUGAAGCUUUCGGACUUGGGGGAGCGCUACGACGUGGCUAAAUUUAUAAUUCAUCCCCUCUUUAACAAUGCCACCCUCCUCAAUGAUGUUGGCCUCAUAAGGACGUCCACUGAAGUUAAAUUCAGCCAAAAAGUUCAACCAAUUCAAAUGGCACCGGCUGACUUCUUUAUAGGUCCUGGAAUAUGGCUUCAGCUCAUUGGAUGGGGAUUAACAAAGUACCCCGAUGGAAAAGCUCCCGAUCACGUGAACUACAUUCAAUUGCAUUCAAUCACAAAUGCAGCGUGCCAAGUGAGGUACAAAGGGACACCAGUGCCAAAAAUUCAUAUUUCUCAACUAUGUACAUUCAACAAAGCCGGUCAGGGGUCAUGCAAAGGGGACUCUGGAGGUCCCCUUGUAUCUCAGGGUAUCCUCAUGGGGAUUAUCUCGUGGGGUGUACCCUGUGGGAAGGGGUAUCCUGACGUACAUACACGCAUUGCCUACCACAGAGCAUGGAUUGAUCAAACUAUGGCUGAAAGUGAUAAAGAGGAGCACGAGGAAUCAUUGGAUUUCGUCAUUGGACCCAACGAGGAGAGAGUUGAUGAAGUUUUUGGCGAAAGAUACGAUGGACUUUCAUUUUUGUAAAGAAAAAUAAAAUGUUCUUUACCUGCCAUACGACAAAUUUGUAAAAUAAAUUUAAAUAAAAAUAAUUUGCGAUGGUUGAUAAA